AUGUUUUGUGGAUCAUCGAAUACCACCAGUAAACCAAUUGAAAGGAAAAUUGUAAUUUUAGGAGAUGGUGCCUGUGGUAAGACAUCUCUAUUAAAUGUGUUUACAAGGGGUUAUUUCCCCAAAGUAUAUGAGCCUACUGUUUUUGAGAAUUAUAUCCAUGAUAUUUUUGUUGAUGGUAAACAUAUCACGCUAUCACUUUGGGAUACAGCAGGCCAAGAAGAAUUUGAUAGAUUAAGAUCAUUAUCAUAUGCUGAUACAGAUACAAUCAUGCUAUGCUUUAGUAUCGAUUCUAGAGAUUCAUUGGAAAAUGUGGAACAUAAAUGGGUUGGCGAAAUUGCUGAUCAUUGUGAAGGUGUUAAAUUAGUAUUGGUUGCCUUAAAAUGUGACUUAAGGAAUAAGGACAAUGAGGCAAAUAAUAUGAUUAACCCUACUUUAAUAAAACAACAAACAACCAAUAGUGACCGUAAUAAUAUCCAAUCAAAUGGAUCUCAAUUAAUAUCGUAUGAUGAAGGUGUAGCGAUGGCCAAAAAAAUAAGUGCUUUACGUUAUUUAGAGUGUAGUGCAAAGUUGAAUAAAGGUGUUAAUGAAGCCUUUACAGAAGCUACUCGUGUUGUACUAACACCUGAUUCAUCUCGUAAGGAUCAUAAUGAGAAAGACGAUGGUGGUAGCAGUUGCAUUAUAGCAUGA